AUGGCUGCCAUUGAACCAGCUCACUAUACAAUGUUGAAAAAGAUGAAACUCACGAACUUCACUCCACAGAUUGCAGUUUCUCCCACUGCAGUGGGGGUGGGCGGUGGAGAGCCACGGGGUCGGACAGCGCUGCACUGGGCGGCUGACAAGGGCCGCACCGCCGUCGUGGAGCGGCUCCUUGCCGUGGGCGCCGCCGUGGAUGCUGUGGACAGCAAUGGUCGGACAGCGCUGCACAGGGCGGCUAUCGACGGCGCCGCCGCCGUUGUGGAGCGGCUCCUUGCCGUGGGCGCCGCCGUGGAUGCUGUGGACAGCGAUGGCAAGACGCCGUACGACUGCGCCAAGCAAAACGACCGCCGGCAGGUGAUGGGUGUGCUAGACCCGGUAUUUGUGGCCCUUCUAAGUGGCCGGAGCUGCAGAUGCAACUCUGCGCAUGAAACUGUACAAGACUUGAAAGAAGAAGCUGAGCGAAAGUUGUUAACGACCAUCGAGCAUCUCAUUGGCCCCGACAUGCAGCCAUUGACCGGAGCGAUGCGCCUGGAAGAAGCGAACAUUUUGCCCGGAAAUACGCUGACUGCAGUCAUAGCGGCCAUAGACUUGCCAUCCCAACCUGCGGAAGAUUCUGCCCCAGUCCAGGAGGAUCCUCUGGUUGUGAAAGAUGUUGGCCAUGGGAUCUUUUUAAAGACCAACCAAUCGAUCUUUGACGCUCACAUGCUGAAGAUCGACGUCCUGGACAGCUGGAGUGGUUUGAAGGAUCCAUCAUCAUUGGAGAAGGCCUUUCCUUCCGGUCACGUGGUGCUAAGUCACCUGAUCCGCCUCCAUCCGGAAGAUGUCACGUUCCUUCUGCCCGUAGAGGUAGAGAUGCCCACCUGCGUGGGCGCCGCAACCGUGUGGAGAUCUUCCACCCGUGGAUGGGCACCCGUGGAGGAUGCGACCUUUGGCGAUGGCCGCGUGACCGUGAAACUGGACCAUUUCUGCGAUAUGGCAGUGACGGGACAGUGCCACGUCAAAGCUGUCGGCUUCAUCCUGCCACAGGGUGCGGCUGCCAAAGUGGCACUGCUGCAUGUUGCAUGUGGCACAUGUCAGAAGGGUUUGGAACAGCUCUGCUCGGAUCCAGAUGUGUUGAAUUGUUUCAGCAGAUGUGGACCCAGUGUCGCUCUUGGAACCUAUCAUCACAAAGAAGAAAUUCAGCUCCAUCAGGCAGGGCAAAUCUUGAAGAUGAAGGUGAAAUUCAAUAGAAUGCCGCUAGUCUCUGCGCCUCUGCUGGCUGAAUCGGGGCGUCACUUCAGCGUCGAGAUCGAUGGGGACGACCAUCAGUUCGAAGAUCCGACGCAGUUUGCUGCAGGUCUAGCAGAUGUGAAGCAGUUUGCUGCAGCCGCGACUCCUAACCUGGAAACAUCUCAGCAAUCGGCUGCAGCUUCUCAGGCGACGCCGUCCGCAGCUGCAUGGCUAGGAGGCGAAAACGGCUCUGCAGCGACAGAUGCGACGGCCGAUGCGCAGCAGCUUGCUCCAGCCUCAACUGCCCUGGGAACAUCUCAGCAUUCUGCUCCAGCGACCGAGGCGAUGGCUUCUGCAGUGCCACGUCCAGAGCGAUGCCAUUUGCUGCUGAGUGGCCGGUUCAACAGUGAAAGGACGAUGAACUACAUGAGAACGGUGAAAAGGCGACUGGAAGAGAGACGAAUACCUGUAUAUAUGGUGCAAGCUCAGGUUGGCCAAAGUUUUGCUGAGCUGACGCGGAUAGGAUUGGCCCAUGCCAAAGGCAUGGUGGCCUUCUGCACGUCGGACUACGGCGCCUAUACAGGUGCUGGUUACGAAACCUUCCAUGAAUUGGAAUAUGCACACGACAACAAGUUGCAAAUCUUUCCCAUUAGGCUCUGCGAAGAGUGGCCACCAGCGCCGCAAGACAAUCCAAGAGGCACUUUUCAAAAUGAAUUCGUGUUCAAGAACGGCCUAGUGUAUGUAGAUGAUCGGCAGAUGAACAAUGCCGAAGGCGCUGCUGAUCAGAUUGCGGAUUCUGUGACUAGCCCUGGCGGCAUCUUUUCAAAUUAG